ACACAUGUCGACGACCUCUUGACCGAAGCCGCGCUCAAACCCGUCAUCUCCAAGAGCCCCUCUCACCCGUCAUCUCCAAGCAGCAGCAGCAGCCAUGGCUUGCUCCACCCACCUCCUGUCCCAGAGCCUCUACCCGUCCCACCGCGCCAGCACGCGCCUCCCGUUCCCGGCCCGGCCAGCCGCUGCUUCUCCCAGUGCGAGGCUCGGCUCCAGCCCUGCCAGUCGCCGCCGGGCGCUGGGCCUGAGAGUCGCCGCGUCGGCGGAGCAAGGGAGGAGGCAAGUGGAGGUUGUUUAUGAUCCACAAGCAAAGUUCAACAAGCUAGCAGACCAAGUUGACCAGGAUGUGGGGAUUACACGGCUCAACUUAUUUUCACCUUGCAAAAUUAACGUGUUUUUGAGGAUGACGGGGAAGAGACCAGAUGGGUUCCAUGAUCUGGCUUCUCUGUUUCAUGUGAUAAGUUUGGGUGAUACUAUCAAAUUCUCAUUGUCACCAAGUAAGAGUAAAGAUCGCUUGUCAACCAAUGUAGCAGGUGUCCCAGUUGAUGAAAGCAAUUUGAUCAUCAAGGCACUCAAUCUUUACCGCAAGAAAACUGGGACUGACAAUUUCUUUUGGAUACAUCUUGAUAAGAAGGUCCCUACUGGUGCUGGUCUUGGUGGUGGAAGCAGUAAUGCUGCAACAGCACUGUGGGCCGCCAACCAGUUUAGUGGCUGCAUUGCUUCAGAAAAGGAGCUUCAGGAGUGGUCUGGAGAGAUUGGAUCGGAUAUUCCCUUCUUCUUUUCACAAGGUGCAGCAUAUUGUACUGGUAGAGGAGAGAUUGUUGAAGAUAUUCGGAAUCCCUUGCCAGCAAAUUUGCCAAUGGUACUAGUGAAGCCACCUGAAGCAUGCUCAACAGCUGAAGUUUACAAGCGACUCCGGUUAGAACACACCAGUCAAGCUGAUCCCUUGGCAUUGCUCAAGGAAAUUACCGAGAACGGGAUAUCACAAGAUGUCUGUGUGAAUGAUCUAGAACCUCCAGCAUUUGAGGUGUUGCCAUCACUAAAGAAGUUAAAGAAACGUAUAAUUGCAGCUAACCGAGGAGAUUAUGAUGCUGUUUUUAUGUCAGGAAGUGGAAGCACAAUUGUUGGAAUUGGUUCACCAGAUCCGCCAGCAUUUGUGUAUGACGAUGAUGACUACAAGGAUACUUUUGUGUCAGAGGCCUUCUUCCUCACUCGUAAUGAGAACGAGUGGUACAGAGAACCAAUCUCUUCAAAAGCCACGUUUAGCAAGGAAGAUUUACCACCGGAGGUAGCAUCCGUUGCGGACUGAUCGAGUGGGUUCUACAUUAGAUCUCAUUUUUUGCGGCUAUACAGGAGAGACAGGUGUGCAUUUACUGUGAUUAGCUUUAAAAUGGUAGGAAAAGAAUGAUUACACCUUGACAAUUUGUCAACGGGGCAUUAUGUUAUCAUUACGCUCAACUGAAGCAACCAGUUAUUUUGGUUUGAACCAUUUAAGUUUAGGAGAGAGAGUUUACUGUGUAUAUUUGCAGCAUCCGCGUAGAAACUUGUUGCUUGGAAAUAAAAGUUAAACCAUCGA